UUAGCUCAUUUUAAAAAUAGAGACCUCUACUGAAACUUAUAUAUAGGUGGCCUUCACAUGGGAAAAACCUAAAACACCGGCCUCAAAGAGGAAGAAGGUGAAGCCGAAGCAAAUCCCAAGAGAGGGGGGAACUCUGUAGAACAGUACUCAUCAUAACCCAUUAGCCCCAGAUGAGAUCAUCUCUCUGUGCAUCUCCGAUUAAAUUCAUGUGCAGUUAGUUCCCCAGUGGCAUGAGGAAAGUGGGUUCUUCUUGGUUUGGUGAUUAGUUUACAUCAUCAUAAAUAGACAGCGGUAAUCUGCUAUUAAUCCAUCUCGCGAAAUAGAUAUGGAUGUCGAAGAAGAGGCCACCGCCGAUCAUCCAGACAGUAUGGCAGAUGAAGAGAGAGGAAUUAAAGAUGAUUCCGACUCGAAUUUGGCUGCUUCUCCUCGCGAUUCGAUGCCAAAAGAUGCAGGAGAAGAAGCUGAGAAGAAGCAAAAUCAGCGAGAGAGGAGGAAGAAGAAAGAGAAAGAGGAAGAGACCAACUACACAGUUCCAUUCCACAAGCUGUUCGCUUUCGCGGAUUCAACCGAUAUUGUUUUGAUGAUAUUGGGAACUGUGGGGGCUGUCGCGAAUGGGGCGGCUCUGCCUCUUAUGACUGUUUUGUUUGGUAAUUUGAUCGAUGCAUUUGGAGGAGCUCUGGAUAUUCAUGACGUAGUUAAUAGAGUCUCCAAGGUAUCCCUCGAGUUCAUAUAUCUCGCUAUUGGGUCAGGCGUCGCAUCAUUCUUCCAGGUCACUUGUUGGAUGGCUACUGGGGAAAGACAAGCCGCACGAAUACGGAACUUAUACUUGAAGACAAUACUGAGGCAAGAAAUCGCAUUUUUCGACAAGCAUACUAACACGGGGGAAGUCGUAGGGAGGAUGUCCGGUGACACCGUUCUAAUUCAAGAUGCCAUGGGUGAAAAGGUUGGUAAAUUUAUUCAGCUUGUGACAACGUUCUUUGGAGGCUUUAUAGUAGCAUUUGUUCAAGGUUGGCUUCUUACUCUUGUAAUGCUCUGCACGAUUCCACCCCUUGUGCUCGCCGGAGCAGUCAUGUCCACUGUUGUAGCCAAAAUGGCUUCAAUUGGACAAGCAGCUUAUGCAGAAGCAGCAGUCAUUGUGGAACAGACAAUUGGCACUAUUAGAACAGUGGCUUCUUUUACCGGAGAAAAGCAAGCAAUAGAGAAAUAUAAUAAAUCGCUUAAGAGGGCUUAUAGUUCAGGAGUUCAAGAGGGUCUUGCUGCAGGGCUUGGAAUGGGAACAGUUAUGCUGCUUUUGUUCUGUGGGUACUCUUUGGGAAUAUGGUAUGGUGCGAAGCUGAUACUGGAUAAAGGGUAUACUGGUGCUAAAGUUAUGAAUGUGAUAUUUGCGGUUCUGACCGGUUCCCUAUCUCUAGGCCAGGCAUCUCCAAGUCUAAAGGCUUUUGCAGCUGGACAAGCCGCAGCUUACAAAAUGUUCGAGACUAUAAACAGAAAUCCUGAGAUUGAUACUUACAGCACUUCAGGAAAGAAGCUUGAUGAUAUUCGAGGAGAUAUAGAAUUUAGAGAUGUUUAUUUCUCCUACCCAGCUAGACCUAAUGAACAAAUCUUCAAAGGAUUUUCUCUCUUUAUACAAAGUGGCAUGACUGUGGCAUUAGUGGGAGAGAGUGGGAGUGGAAAAUCAACAGUGAUUAGUUUAAUUGAACGAUUUUAUGACCCACAAGCUGGACAAGUUCUUAUAGAUGAUGUAGAUCUCAGAGAAUUUCAAUUAAGGUGGAUUAGAGGUAAAAUUGGGCUUGUUAGCCAGGAGCCAGUCCUAUUUGGUGGUAGUAUAAGAGAUAACAUAGCGUAUGGCAAGGAUAAUGCGACAAUAGAAGAAAUCAGAGCUGCAGCAGAGCUUGCUAAUGCAUCCAAAUUUAUAGAUAAAAUGCCUCAGGGAUUCGACACUGUGGUUGGGGAGCAUGGAACUCAGCUGUCCGGAGGUCAAAAGCAAAGGAUUGCCAUUGCCAGAGCCAUUCUAAAAGACCCAAGAAUUCUGCUCCUUGAUGAAGCCACAAGUGCAUUGGAUGCAGAGUCUGAAAGAAUAGUGCAGGAGGCUCUUGAUCGGGUCAUGACGAAUAGAACUACAGUCAUUGUAGCUCAUCGGCUAAGCACAGUCAGAAAUGCUGAUACUAUUGCAGUGAUACAUCGAGGCUCAAUUGUUGAAAAAGGUUCACACUUGGAGCUGCUAAAGGACCCAAACGGAGCUUAUAGCCAACUCAUACGUUUGCAAGAAAUGAAUCAAGAUUCUGAUUAUGUAAACCGGUCAGACCAAGAUGGGCGGGUGGGCUCAGGGUAUCGUUCAAGCAAACAAAAGUCAAUAAAGCACUCAGCUAGCCGAGGAUCAUCUCUUGAGAACAGCAGCCACCACUCAUUCUCGGUGCCAUUCGGCUUCUCCAUAGGAUAUGACAUUCAGGAUAGCACAUCCCAGAUGACAGAGCCUCUCCCUCAAGAAAAAGAAGUAUCUCUUCUCCGCCUUGCUUAUCUUAACAAGCCAGAAAUCCCUGUACUUAUUCUCGGUUCUAUUGCUGCAGUUAUAAGUGGGGUGAUAUUCCCAAUUUUUGCCAUACUAUUAUCCAAUGUCAUAAAUACAUUUUAUCAGCCGCCUCAUAAGCUCAAAAAGGAUUCAAAGUUCUGGUCAUCGAUGUUCUUGGUAUUCGGUGCAGUGUCCUUAAUGUCACUUCCUGCUGCUUCUUAUUUCUUUGCUAUUGCUGGGUGCAAAUUAAUCAAAAGGAUUAGGUUAAUGACUUUCAAGAAAGUGGUUAAUAUGGAAAUACGAUGGUUUGAUGAUCCAGAGAAUUCUAGUGGAGCAAUCGGUGCAAGAUUAUCAGCCGACGCAGCUAAAGUUAGGAGUCUUGUGGGUGACGCACUUUCUCUAGUUGUUCAAAACACUGCAACUUUAGUUGCUGGUUUGGUGAUUGCUUUUGUUUCAAAUUGGCUAUUGUCUCUGAUUAUCUUGGCUCUGAUACCCCUCAUAGGCCUCAAUGGGUGGAUCCAAAUGAAGUUUAUUCAAGGAUUUAGCGCAGAUGCAAAGAUGAUGUACGAGGAAGCUAGUCAGGUUGCUAAUGAUGCAGUAGGGAAUAUAAGAACAGUUGCUUCAUUCUCUGCUGAAGAGAAGGUGAUGGAACUCUACAAGAAGAAAUGCGAAGGACCUAUGAGAACAGGAAUUAGACAGGGAAUAAUCAGUGGUAUAGGUUUUGGAGUUUCCUUCUUCUUGCUGUUUUGCGUAUAUGCAGUCAGUUUCUAUGCUGGAGCUCGGCUUGUUGAGGAUCAGAAGACAACUUUUGCCAAAGUUUUUCGAGUUUUUCUUGCUCUUGCAAUGGCAGCUAUUGGAGUUUCGCAGUCGAGCUCUUUAACAUCGGAUUCUUCUAAAGCACAAUCUGCUGCAGCUUCUGUGUUUGCAAUAAUUGACCGAAAAUCUAAGAUAGACCCAAGUGACGAUACCGGCUUAACUUUAGAAACCGUAAGGGGUAACAUAGAGUUCCAACAUGUCAGCUUUAGAUACCCCACACGGCCAGAUGUCCAGAUUUUCCAAGACCUUUGCUUAAAAAUCCCUGCAGGAAAGACUGUUGCACUUGUUGGGGAGAGUGGUAGCGGCAAAUCGACAGCCAUAUCAUUGUUGCAGAGAUUUUACGAUCCCAAUUCGGGUCAGAUAUUGCUAGAUGGAGUUGAAAUACGAAAGCUUCAGCUAAGAUGGUUGAGACAGCAGAUGGGUCUGGUGAGUCAAGAACCAGCUCUAUUCAACGACACAAUUCGAGCAAAUAUUGCUUAUGGAAAGGAGGGAAGGGCCACGGAGUCCGAAAUUAAAGCUGCGGCUGAGUUGGCAAAUGCUGACAAGUUCAUUAGCGCUUUGCAAAAGGGCUAUGAUACAUUGGUUGGCGAGCGUGGGGUUCAAUUAUCUGGUGGGCAGAAGCAGCGUAUCGCAAUCGCACGCGCCAUGGUGAAAGACCCCAAAAUUUUGCUUCUUGAUGAGGCAACAAGUGCGCUCGAUGCUGAAUCUGAACGGGUGGUUCAGGAUGCGCUGGACCGCGUGAUGGUUAAUCGGACGACAGUGGUCAUAGCUCAUCGGUUGUCUACAAUAAAAGGUGCUGAUUUGAUUGCAGUGGUGAAAAAUGGGCAGAUCAUAGAGAAAGGAAAGCAUGAGGACUUGAUAAAUAUCAAGGAUGGGGCUUAUGCUUCCUUGGUAGCUCUGCAUUCGCGUGGUUCUUCCUAGUAUCGAACAGUUUGGGCCAUUUCUCUGUUCUAUUCCGUGGUUCAUAUUUUUCUCUGAUCUACUCAGAUUCCAGUUUUGUUUCUCCCUUCGCGGGUAAUUCAUUGAAUCUGAGCAAAACAACAAUUGAAGUGUAAACUGUAACCUUAUUAACUGUAAAUGUCAAAUAAUGCAAGAAAAGAGAUUGAGCGGGCCCAUCAAACAUGCGCUCUUGUUCUAUA